GCCGCUGCCGCUCCUGCAGCCGCGGCCGCUGCCAGUGCCGCGAGCUCCAUGGGCUUCUCCUGGGCGCCGCCGCGUGUCUGGCCGAGUCCAGGGAGCCGCGGCGCCUCGUGCCCGGGAGCCAUCGCUGCAACCCGAGUGCCCGUGCCAGGUCGGGGGCUGCAGGGCCAGGCCAGGGCAGCGGCCGCAGGAGCCCCACCGGGGGCCUGGGACUGGGGAACUGCCUCCGGCUUCAUGAUGCCAGGAUGGACAGAGUAGCUUAUGAUGCUUAUCCCCGCCCACCACUUUCGAGACAUUGAGCGGAAGCCGGAAUACCUCCAGCCGGAGAAGUGCGUCCCACCUCCCCCGCCCAGCCCCGUGGGAACCAUGUGGUUCAUCCGCGAUGGCUGCGGCAUCGCCUGUGCCAUUGUCACCUGGUUUCUGGUCCUCUAUGCGGAGUUUGUGGUCCUCUUUGUCAUGCUGAUUCCAUCCCGAGACUACGCCUACAGCAUCAUCAAUGGGAUUGUGUUCAACCUGCUGGCCUUCCUGGCUCUGGCCUCUCACUGCCGGGCCAUGCUGACGGACCCCGGAGCUGUGCCCAAAGGAAAUGCCACGAAAGAAUUCAUCGAGAGUUUACAGCUGAAGCCCGGGCAGGUGGUGUACAAGUGUCCCAAAUGCUGCAGUAUCAAGCCCGACCGAGCCCACCACUGCAGUGUCUGUAAGCGCUGCAUCCGGAAGAUGGACCACCACUGUCCCUGGGUCAACAACUGCGUCGGGGAGAACAACCAGAAGUACUUCGUCCUGUUUACAAUGUACAUAGCUCUCAUUUCCCUGCACGCCCUCAUCAUGGUGGGAUUCCACUUCCUGCAUUGCUUUGAAGAAGAUUGGACAAAGUGCAGCUCCUUCUCUCCCCCCACCACCGUCAUCCUCCUCAUCCUGCUGUGCUUCGAGGGGCUGCUAUUCCUCAUCUUCACGUCGGUGAUGUUCGGAACCCAGGUGCACUCCAUCUGCACGGAUGAGACGGGCAUUGAGCGUCUCCAGCGGAAGGAUCAGCCCCGGGUGCGCACGGGCAGCUGGCAGACGGUCAAGGAGACCUUCGGAGAGGACUUUUCCCCCAACUGGUGCAACCCCUUCUCCGGACCCUGCGAGCCGAGGCCCGUCCGGGAGCAGGACUGGGUGCGGCAUGUGCACCCACUGCCAGACACCGAGGAGGACACUGAGGAGACAGGGGACACCAAGGAGGACUCUGUGGAGGUGGCCUCAGACUGACGCGGGACGCGGAGCCGCCACCGCCACCACCAGCCAGGACGUGUUCCUCACCCGCCACUUCCCUCGGCACCCCUCCCCCACUACACACGUACAUACUAGGCUGGGCGGGACCAGGGGUACCGGGGACGACAGAGCCAGACAGGGGACUCAUCUGCAGUUCUGGAAGAGACCAGAUGGGUCUCCCAGCUCAGGGGCUUGUCCCCACCGGGCCCCUUCUCCACCUGCACAGCCUCAGCCGAACUGGCCUUUUUUGGGGUGUCUGUCUGCUCUUGGGAGGCUGGGGACCCAAAACUGUGACAUCCUGCCGGAAGGACAGGGCCGGCUGGCCUUAGGGACCUGGGGUGGGACAUCAGCAGACACCAAGCACCCUGCAAGCAGAAUGAGCAUCUGGCGUGCCCCAGGAGAGGCUCCCACUCACCCCUCACCUCCCCCUGACUAUUUGGUUCAGAUCAGACUUGAGAGAGAACCCCAGCUCUGGCCCAGACACCCCCAAACUCGCAGUUGGCCAGGAGACUUUUUGCACAAAGCUUCUGCUCCCGUUCCAUUCUCGGUCUUCCCCAAGCCACACGUGGUGGAGCUGCCCUGCCCUGAUGGGGCCUUGGGGACUCUUCUGCUGCUCCGACUCUGACCGCUCCCACCUCCACCAUGGAGCUUAGCUCUCCCUCCAGGAGAGAGUCUGGAAACCCACAGAGCAGAACUCACUGGAAAUCCUGCUCCUUGCCUCAGAAAGGACCAGGUUGGCCAGGGCCUGCAAGCACACACACACACACACCCCUGCGUGUGCGCACUCACAGACACAUACAGUAGGGUCUGCACCAUUAAGGCACUCACAAGUCACACACUUACCAGGGCCUGCACUAGGAAGAUAUGCACUUACAUGCACACACAAACACACCCUAGGGCCUACAUCAGGAAGGUGCAUGUACAUACAAGCACUCUCACACAUAUACACACACAGCAGGACUUGUACCACAAAGAUACACAUGCACGCACGCACGCAUACCCAGGGUUUGCAUCAGGAAGAUGCAUGCACACAUUUACACUCUUAAUCUUACAUCCAUACAUACACACAGUAGAAUCUGCACCAUGAAAGCACACACAGUCUCACACACACAUACCAGGGCUUGCACAAGGAAGAUAAUAUAUAUACAUAUAUAUAUAUAAUAUAUAUGUGCACAUAUGCGCACACACAUAAACACACACACGCCCCAGGGACUGCAUCAGGAAGGUGCAUGUACAUACAUGCACUCUCGUACUUACAUCCAUGCACAGUCACACCCUCCAGGAGCAGCCUAGGCCCAGUCACCCUCUUCAAGCUUAAAGCUGGGGGUAUCUAGGGCUGUGACUGAGGCCUGAGCAGAGGAUCUCAGAGUCCCAAACCCUGUUCCAAUGGCUGCAACAGCCAGAGUCCAGCAGGAGCGUCCACAUUCCAGGGAGGAGGAACAGGUCCCCAGCCCCGUCUUUCAGCUCCUGGCCCACAGUUUACCUGGGAGUUGGGGCUCAGCACCAAGGCUCAGCCCGGUGUGCAAGCUCUGUUUUAGGUCCCUUCAGGAUGAUCGGGGUCUUGUUCCCAGGGGCCCAGGUCCCUGGUUUGCCCAAGGGGUCCAUGUCUCUGGUUCGCUGGGAAAGCUCAGUGCUUGCAGGGCCGCCUGGACACUUGGGGAAGCAGGAGGUCUGGGUAGAGGUACAGGACUCGCUCACAUCUUGGGCCUUCUCUGAAGGGCCAUGAUUGUCAGGAGACCUAUCUCCCCUGGUGGCCCCCUGGUCCCCCGGGAUCAAGGGACCACCACAUUCACAAAACCCCUAUGGGAGCCCUGCACAGGGCUCGGACCCUCCCAGGAGAGAUGGACAGCAGCCCCCCAGCAUCCACAGCAUCCGAAAAGCACAGCCCACAUUUGGGCGGGGGGAGGCCCGGGGCCUUGGUCCUCAGCACCCGGCGUUUAUUAACAGGUAGGAGCUGGUCAGCUGAAAGGCCAGGGCUCCGUCUGCCCAGGAGUUGCUGUUCCCCAUGCUGGGAUGGAGUUCUGGGCACAGUGCCCCUCUCCCGUGCCCUAACCUGGGGGCUCUGUGGGGGCUCAAUGCAGGAGGGAGCAGAAGACCCUGAGACAGCUGCCAUUUGAGUAAGGGAAGGGGGUCCCCAGUGCCCGUGGCCUGACCAUGUCUGAUGUCACAGGUGCGAAUGAAGCCACGUGGCCCAGAGAAAUGUCUGCACAGUGGAAGGGCUGAAGGCAGAGGCGUCCCCCGCCCCAACACAACCUAAAGCCGGUUCUGUCCUUAGUGCGGCUGGUGGGAGUGUCCUAACCCCUCGGGCCACUCCAUGCUGCCCCGGGCCAGACACCAACACCUCUCCAGUCCACGAGGGACUACACUGGGCCCCACUAGGGUGUGGCACUGGGUAGUGACCAUCCACCUGACCCUGGAGGCCAUACAUGGAUGGCCUCGUGACCUCCAGUGGCAGCCUCAGUCUCAGCUCUGCCCUGAUGUCAAGCCAGCAGGUGCCUUCAGGGGCCAAGAGAAUUAUGGCCUCUUUUUCUGAAUAAAUGGUUCUUGACUGGACCUC